UGCUUGCAUAUUUAUUUACCUUUUUGAAGAUUUGAAGUUACUGACAUGGUUUCUAUGAAACAUUUGUCAUUCUACAACAUUGUCACUUUGACGCUGUGAUUCUGCUAUGGAGUUCCUAGUCAUGGAGUCUAAAGAAUCCCCUCUUUUAACAUCAGUACCAAACAGCACAUCUGACAGUGGUAACUUACUUACAAGACACAGUCCACAAACAAAACCCAUAUCAACAUCUAAUAGCCUAUCUAGUUUAAAAAGAGAUGGAACUUGCAGUGCCUUUACUCCAUAUAAACCAAGUACAGUUUUAACAAAUUUACAAAGAGGAAACGUCCAAACUCAGACCUUAUCUGUGCCAACAGAACGAAGUUUUCACCAUUUAGCUGCUCAAGGAGAACUUUUCCUUCAGGAAUUAGGUGACAAUUUCAACCCAGAUGAAAAAGAUGCUAAUGGAUUCACCCCUCUUAUGUGGGCUUCAUCAUACGGUCAACUAGAAACUGUUCGGAAAUUAUUAUAUCGUGGAGCAUCUGUAUGUGCAGUUGGUAUUGGUGGUGAAAAUGCUCUUAUUCUAGCUAGCAUUUCUGGUCAUUCUGCUAUAAUAAGAGAGCUUAUAAGUCAUGGAGCAAGGCUUAAUUAUAGAGAUCAGAAUGGCAAUACUCCUCUAAUCUAUGCAGUUUACAACAAUCAUGCCGGAUGUGUUCAAGAAUUGUUAAAUGCAGGUGCUGAUAUAACAAUUCAAAAUGAAGCUUUUGCCUCAGCUUAUGAUAUUGCUAUUAAAAGAAGAAGUAAACAUGCCCAAGCUGUGCUGGAAAAAUUUAUGUUAAAUGCAGUUCAAGGAGUUCAAGUCUGAUGAAUAUCUCUAUAUGAAUUUAUUUUGCUAGAAUAAAGCAAGAACAUGAAAAGUAAUGUAUUAUAAACAAUUUUGUAUGCUACUGAGAAUAACUUAAAAUAAAACAAAAAAUAU